AGAUAUAUUCUCUUUUUAAGUCGACCAGGACGUCCCCCGUCUCUUCACAUCUCAAACCCCUCCCCUAGUCCCCUGCAUCUCUCUCCUAUAUAUCCCCACACCACGAGAGAGACUGAGCGAGAGAGACGUAAAGAAAACUCUUGGUUGGGAAGUUUGUAAUAGUUGGAGCAUGGCAGGGCCUGUUGUGCACCCGGAAGAUUACUACACACCAACCACAAAACCAAACCGCCCGGUUCCCUUCUGGAAAAAACCCCAAGUCUACACCAUUGUAGUCAUCCUCUGCAUAACCUCGUACUUCCUCGGUGCAUGGCAGCACAACGGCGCUGCCACCACCACCACCACAACCUCGAAUCUCGAAGCCACAAACAUCCAAUGCAACCCCGUCGUCGAAACCACCAUAAAAUCCCCCGCUCUCGACUUCACCGCGCACCACAAAGCCGAAGACGUGCCGGUCUCGAAAGAAGUGACAAAAACAUACCCAGCCUGUGACAUUAAGCUGAGCGAGUACACGCCAUGCCAGGACCAAAAGAGAUCGCUCAAGUUCAGCCGAGACAGGCUGAUUUACAGGGAGAGACAUUGUCCCGAGAAAAGAGAGUUGUUAAAAUGCAGAGUUCCGGCGCCGUUUGGUUACAGGGCCCCCUUCAAGUGGCCCGUGAGUAGAGAUUUGGCCUGGUAUGCUAAUGUUCCCCACAAGGAAUUGACGGUGGAGAAGGCGAUACAGAACUGGAUUAGAUUCGAGGGUGAACGGUUCAGAUUUCCUGGCGGUGGGACCAUGUUUCCGAAUGGAGCGGAUGCUUAUAUCGAUGAUAUUGGCAAGUUGAUUAAUCUCAAAGAUGGUUCCAUCAGAACCGCCAUUGAUACCGGCUGUGGGGUUGCAAGUUGGGGAGCUUAUUUAAUGUCAAGAGACAUUCUUCCUUUGUCCUUUGCACCCAGAGAUACUCAUGAAGCACAAGUCCAAUUUGCCCUUGAGCGCGGAGUUCCUGCAUUGAUUGGAGUUAUGUCAUCCACAAGGCUUCCUUACCCUUCAAGAGCUUUUGACAUUGCUCAUUGCUCUCGUUGCCUCAUUCCUUGGGGCCAAAAUGAUGGUGCUUACUUGAUUGAAGUUGAUCGAGUUCUAAGACCCGGGGGAUACUGGAUUCUUUCUGGCCCUCCAAUCAAUUGGCAGAAGCACUGGAAAGGAUGGGAGAGAACAAAGGAGGACUUGAAUGCUGAGCAAACUGGUAUCGAGAAUGUAGCUAAAAGCCUUUGCUGGAACAAAUUUAUUGAGAAGGGUGAUAUUGCUAUUUGGCAAAAACCAUUGAACCAUAUGGAGUGCAAACUCAACAAGAAGAUUAGUCAGAACCCUCCUUUUUGUCCAGCUCAGAAUCCCGAUGAGGCCUGGUAUACAAGUAUAGAGACUUGUUUAGUUCCUCUGCCUGAGGCCUCAGAUGAUGAGGUAGCAGGUGGUGGAUUAAAAAAGUGGCCGGCAAGACUCAACGCUAUUCCACCUAGGAUAAGUCAAGGAACACUCAAAGGAGUUACAGCUGAAGUUUUCCAGAAUGAUGGAGAGCUAUGGAAAAAGAGAGUCGCUUACUACAAAAAUGUGAAUAGCCAACUUGGACAAGCUGGAAGAUACCGAAAUCUUUUAGACAUGAACGCACACUUGGGAGGAUUUGCUGCUGCUCUAAUAAAAGAACCAUUGUGGGUUAUGAAUGUAGUGCCUGUUGAGGCUAAUGUCAAUACCCUUGGAGUUGUAUUUGAGCGUGGAUUGAUUGGAACAUACCAAAGCUGGUGUGAAGCAAUGUCUACUUAUCCUAGAACAUAUGAUCUGCUUCAUGCUGAUUCGGUAUUUACCCUCUACAAGGAUAGAUGUGAGAUGGAAGAUAUUGUGCUGGAAAUGGAUAGAAUCCUAAGGCCAGAAGGAAGCAUAAUAGUAAGAGAUGAUGUGGAUAUUUUGGUGAAGGUGAAGGCAAUUGCUGACGGUAUGGACUGGGAAAGUCGAAUUGUGGACCAUGAAGACGGGCCUCUAGAAAGGGAAAAACUUCUCUUUGCAGUGAAGAGAUAUUGGACAGCUCCUGCAGUUCCUGAUGAACAGAUAAACUAACCAAUUCAAGAUCAAAGUGGAUCAGAAUUACAUUUUUCGUAAAGCCUUUUCUCCGUUUUUUAUAUUAUAAAUAUUUGUUUAAUAGUAACAGUUCUUUGAAGACCUUAAUAAAUUUCUAUUCGUUUUUUCUUC